AUGACUCGUUGGAUUCCUCUCGAAAGCAACCCAGAAGUAUUAAACUCAUGGGCCAAUAAAGCUGGUCUGGACAAAGAAGAAUUACAAUUCAGCGAUAUCUACGGGCUCGAUGAAGAGCUUUUGGACAUGGUUUCAAAGCCAGUGAAAGCCGUUCUCCUUCUAUUUCCCAUAUCUAAAACGCUCGAAGCCAAGAGACGCGAGGAAGAUGACUUGAUCAGAUCGGAAGCCUCUAGUCCCUCAUUGUUCAACUCUGUAAUUUGGAUCAAGCAAACUAUCUCUAACGCUUGUGGGACAAUUGGAUUAUUGCAUGCCUUAGCCAAUACCGGUAUCAAAUUCGCACCAGGGAGUCCACUGGCGCAAUUCAUCGAAGCCUGCAAAGGCGCGUAUCAUUAUAAGACUCCCGAAGAACGUGCGGAAUUCCUUGAAACUACGCCUCUAUUUGCCGAAAUACAUGCAGAAACUGCAUCGACUGGGCAAUCUGCAGUCCCCACUGAUCUCGAUACAGAUCUCCACUUCACUUGUUUUGUCGAAGCUGAGAUGGAAGGUGUACCACACGUGGUGGAGCUUGACGGUAGACGCGCUGGAAUUAUGGAUCGAGGAAAAAUUUACAACGACCUUUUGACGGAUGUAGCUAGCCUAGUCAAGGAAACUUAUAUCAAAGGCUCUAGCGGAAGCAUCCAAUUCUCCAUGACUUCACUUGGCCCACCUGCAGAGUGGUGA